UUAAAUGUGGCAAUAAUUAGUUAAAAUGUGAAAUAAAUACCUUCACAAGAGAAACUCCAGACCUUUAAAACAAAGAUAAAACCUGUGUGUUAACAAAUCUCCACUGCUCUGGUUUUCCAGGCUAGCUUCCUAAAAGCACAAACAGUCACAGCUGCUGCUGAACAUUGGCCGGAUAUCAGACUGUAUAAUCAGCUCAUCACUCUCUGUUUUCCUGUUUGUAUUCGUGGAAGUCGACUCACAUUAAAGCUGACAUUUGCUCAGGUGUUAUUAUUUUUAAUCCAAACUGUGCUAGAGGAGCAAAAUCACGCAGCUAAAAAAUAAUCAGUGCUGAUAAACAGAAACCAGACAUAUGAAGUGUAUGAAUGGUGGAUGAUCUCCUGAGACCUGUCAAGUGAAGUCAUGUUUCAGAGUAAACUCAUGUGUUUUCUCUCCUCAGUCACUGCACAGUGCUGCAAGCAGAGUGGGGAGGUGUUCGGCAGGGAGGUGACCAUCGUUGACACUCCCGGCCUCUUCGACACCUCAUUACCUGAUCACAUCGUGAAGAGGGAGAUCUCCAAAUGCAUCAACAUGUCGGCCCCAGGGCCCCACGCCAUCCUGCUGGUCAUCAAGAUGGGACCCUUCACACAAGAGGAAAGAGAUGCUGUGGAGAAGGUGGAGGAGAUCUUUGGAGACGGUGCCUGGAAGUACACAAUGAUCCUCUUUACACUGGACGGUGAAACUGGACUGGACAUCCAGAGUGAGCUGGAUGAGGCUGGGCCUGAACUGAAGGAGGUCCUGCAGAAGGCCCAGAACAGAUACCACGUCUUCAACAACAGCCAAGCUGAUGAUCGUGGUCAGGUCCUGGAUCUGCUGGAGAAGGUGGAGAGGAUGGUGGCUGACAAUGGAGAAGAGUUUUACUCCAACUACACCUACAAGCAGGUGGAGGAAAUGUUGAAGCAGAGAGAGUCGGAGCUCAGAGAGUUCUUCAAGAAAGAAAUGCAGGAGAAAAUAAAAGCUGUGGAGUUAAAGUACAAGAAGCUGAUGGAGGCUCAGAAGGAACAAUCAGGCAUGAAGAGACGAUGUCAGGCUGAAGUGCAGGAAGUGAAGCGCUUUUUCAAAGCUUUAGAUGUCCGCCAUGUUGUAGAGCAGACUGUGGAAACAGACACCAUGGAUGACAUUCAGAAGUUUCACAUGACCCUAAAACUAAAGUUUACCCCUUAA